UUCCACACACGAUCAGUUCAGUUUCGUACGCCGAGUUGUCACCAAGUGCUUCGUCCACGUUUUGUUUUGUGCUUUGAUCUAGAAUUCAGUAGAAGUAUAACCGAAAUUUCUACUGUGCGCAGGAUACACUCCCAGUUGUGUACAUAUUUACAUAUAUAUAUAUAUAUAUAUAUAUAGUAUAUUUGAAAGUCACAAGCGGGCGUGUAAUCUUAAACUUAAGAUAUAAUUCAAUUUCAUUUGCAAGAGCCACGUGAAAGGAUUUUCACUAAAUAAACCGUGUUCCUGCAAAAAAAAACCCAAAAACCGAAAAAAAAUUCACGGUUAAACGCGAAUUCGCGAAACUCGUAUAAAAACUAGAAAACAGAAACUCACUAAACAAAAUGAGGGAAAUCGUGCACUUGCAGGCCGGUCAAUGUGGCAAUCAAAUUGGUGCUAAGUUUUGGGAAAUCAUCUCAGAAGAGCAUGGAAUCGACAGCAAUGGUAUUUACAACGGAGACAGCGAUCUGCAAUUGGAGCGCGUCAGCGUCUAUUACAAUGAAGCUUCAGCUGUAACGCGUUCUUCUGGCGGUAAGUAUGUGCCUCGUGCCAUUCUACUCGAUCUCGAACCUGGUACUAUGGAAUCGGUGCGCUCCGGUCCUUACGGACAACUGUUCCGUCCCGACAACUUCGUGUUCGGCCAGUCUGGCGCAGGUAAUAACUGGGCUAAGGGUCAUUACACUGAAGGUGCCGAGCUGGUAGACAAUGUUUUGGACGUAGUGCGUAAGGAGUGCGAGAACUGUGACUGCUUACAGGGCUUCCAACUGACGCACUCUCUGGGUGGUGGCACUGGCUCCGGUAUGGGCACCUUACUCAUCUCAAAGAUACGUGAAGAGUAUCCAGAUCGUAUAAUGAACACCUACUCUGUGGUGCCUUCGCCAAAGGUCUCCGACACUGUCGUCGAACCGUAUAAUGCCACGCUCUCCAUACAUCAGUUGGUGGAGAAUACCGACGAGACUUACUGUAUUGACAACGAAGCACUCUACGACAUUUGCUUCCGCACACUGAAGGUAUCCAAUCCAAGUUACGGUGAUCUAAACCAUCUUGUAUCGCUUACCAUGUCCGGUGUGACAACUUGUUUGCGUUUCCCGGGCCAACUGAAUGCCGAUCUACGUAAGUUGGCCGUUAACAUGGUGCCCUUCCCACGACUACACUUCUUCAUGCCUGGUUUUGCCCCACUCACAUCGCGUGGCUCGCAGCAGUAUCGUGCCCUAACAGUACCCGAAUUGACGCAACAGAUGUUUGAUGCCAAGAAUAUGAUGGCCGCUUGUGAUCCACGACAUGGACGUUAUUUGACUGUUGCUGCCGUCUUCCGUGGUCGCAUGUCGAUGAAGGAGGUGGACGAACAAAUGUUAGCUGUACAAAACAAGAAUAGCUCCUACUUUGUAGAAUGGAUACCAAAUAAUGUGAAGACAGCUGUGUGUGACAUCCCACCUAAGGGACUGAAGAUGUCGUCAACCUUCAUUGGUAACACCACUGCCAUACAAGAGCUCUUCAAGCGCAUUUCCGAGCAAUUUUCGGCGAUGUUCAGACGCAAAGCUUUCUUGCAUUGGUACACUGGCGAGGGCAUGGAUGAAAUGGAGUUCACCGAGGCGGAAAGCAAUAUGAAUGACUUGGUAUCCGAAUAUCAGCAGUACCAAGAGGCUACCGCAGAUGACGAAUUCGACCAGGACGUGAAUCAGGAGGAGGUUGAGGGCGAUUGUAUUUAAUACAGAGACCAGAGGAAUGGGCAGCGUGCGUAGCACGGCGGGAAGGAGAAGCGGUAGAAAUUUAACAAUUCGUGAACGUUUAUGGCUCUCGACAAUGCCCUUUGUCUGGAGGCAGAGGUACGACAGAUGUGGCAUACUCUAAAACAUCCAUCAGCCGCACACUGGGUACUGAAGAUAAGUUUUGUUAAACAGAAAGUCUUUUCCGCCGCCUACACAUUCAGAACUGGAAAUGUUAUAUUAAAAAAAAAUAUUUAAAAAAAUCAAAUUUAACGUAGAAUAUGGCUCGUAAAACAAAUGAAAAAAAAAAAACAGAAUAACAAAAGGAAAUGUUCCAUUCUCAGCUUAGUUUAUUAUAUUUUAUAACGCGUAUGUAGUUAAAAAUAUUGGCACACACAUACUCAGGCAUGCACAUGAACAUACAUACGUACAUAUUGACAGUCAUUAGUAACUCAUCUUCGUAAAUAUGUAUUUGUUUAACAAAUCCAAGGCACGUCUAUCGCAUUUCUCUGCUGGUGUUUUUGAAACAUUUUAUUAAAAGUUCUAAGAAAACUCUUUCAUUCACUAUUCACUCAUAAUCUAUCUAAUUAUCCAUAAAUUACACUAUUAAUUUUUUGUAAUAGUUUAUUGUUAAAUGCAUAUCAUUACAAUGUUCAUAAUUACACUUCAGAAAUAUUAUGGCCAAAUCCUUUCGACUAUUUCAUGACACAAUCAUUACAUUUAACCUCACUUUUGGUAGUUUUAAUAUUAAAUAUUUUCCUGAACAAAGUCACAUCAAACACUCAUUUAGUGUUAGAACUUUAAGUAUUAACUAAAAUUGAUUACAAGCAAUAUUUUAGAUUUAUGCGAAUUAAUAUUUCUCUGAAUUAAAUGAAACCAUCUAAUGUGGUAAGGGAUAUGGAUUCAUAAGUAACCGGUUUCAUUAAAUUAAUUUUUGUGGUCAUCUUCAAUUUAGUUAAGGCCAUGAACAUAGAACUUCACCAACGAAACUCUAAAUCGAAAAAACUGAAAUUAAGCCAAAAAAUAUUUCAAAUACAUAAUAGGCGGAAAGCUUUCUGCUUUCGUUUAUGGAAACUGGCCUUCACAAGUCAUACUUACUUGAAUUCAAUUCUUUAUUAUU